GACAGCGCUUCAGUCGACCUUUCGGUUUCAAUCUUCUUGCUGAUUAGUAAAGCGCUCCCUUCAGAAACCGACAGCGAAGAAUGAUAGAUAACUGAACCAAGAAAAAGAUAAAACGCCCCAUUAAAAAAUCUGCAAAAUUUGGAAGACUGACACCUCUUUUCCACAGUCUCCUCUCCCAGAUGCGUCAUCUUCUUCCUCUGGUUCUAGAUUUCUUUUGCAUCUUUCAACGCCUUGCUUUUGACCCAUAUAAUUGAUUCAGUUUGAUCCCAAGAUAGGGUUUUGAUGGCAGCAGCAGAAGCAAGGGCUGCCUUUCAGAGGACGGUUAAUCGUUGCUUUGUCCAAGAAGAUGCCAAAAGAGCUCCCAGAUUAGCUUGCUGUCAAUCAUCAUCUUCAACAUCCAAACAGGUUGAUUUUGGACCUGCCAAUGCAGCAGCAGAUGGGGCAGAUCAUCCUUCCAUAGGUUUGAUUCCCCUUAACAGAGCUUCUUCAUAUGCUAGUUUAUUUCCAGACUCAAAAUGGUGGCUUCAGACUCAAUCUAGCUAUGGAUACCAAAAGAUUUUUACCCCUGAACAAAUUAAUGCUUUAGAAGCUGGCAAUGAAACUUCUAAGUCUGGUACGGAAAAAUCAUGUACUUCAAGUGAUAUUCACCCAUCUAAAGGAAGCAGUACUGUCUAUGAAAUUGAUGAUUAUAGCAGAUCUUCUCUAGAUACUGAUCAUGGUGUCUCUGCUGUUUGUACAAAGAGAGUGAACAGCAUUAUGAAUGAAGACAUAAAGGCCUUGGACGAUGGUACAGACUCUCAAGAAUGUCUCUGUAGUGUAGAUAUGAAAGCAAACUUUGAAUGUUCAGAGAUGGAUUCUUUCAACAGCAAAACAAUUUCCAAAAAUCAAGAUGAGUUUUACUUUGAUCCAGAUUCUCCUUGGAUUCAAGAGGACAAGGCUGAGCCAUGGUGGUGGAUAACAGAUAGAGAUGAAUUGGCCUAUUGGGUUGCACAGAGAUCUCUUGAUUGUAUUGAGAAUUGUGAUCUUCCACCACCUAAAAAAACAUGCUUGAACUUAAAGAGAUACCCUCAUACUCAAAAGCAAUGCUACGAACAUGAUACAAAUUGGAUUUCUACCUUUGAUUCGAAGCACCGAAAUUGUGGACUGGACUUUUGUCAUUUGGACGAAACACAGAGAGAAUUGGGGGAAUCGAUUGGACAAGGGAACUUGCUGCAUGGAUCUCAUCAAUCUUUGAGCUGUACAAAUCCCAACAACUCCACAAAAACAACACAAAUUUCUGAGGAAAAUACCAGCAAAGCUGAGCUAAUGGAUGCACUGCUACAUUCUCAAACCCGUGCGAGGGAAGCCGAGAAUGCAGCAAAGCAAGCUUAUGCAGAGAAGGAGCAUAUAGUUGACCUUUUCUUCAGACAAGCAUCCCAGCUCUUUGCAUAUAAGCAAUGGUUUCAACUCCUGCAACUAGAAAGCCUCCAGAUAAAGAACAAUGAUCAGCCUAUGUCCACUCUUUUUCCUUUAAUUCUUCCAUGGAUGUCCUACAAGAACAUGAUAUCUGAUAAGAGAUGGCAGAGAUUCACCAGGCGGAAAAGAGUUAAGCGGGACCGGCAUAGAAGUGAUAUUUCUACUUAUGCCGUUGCGUUUGCUCUAGGAUUGAGCUUGGUCAGUGCAGGUUUGCUUCUGGGGUGGACAGUAGGGUGGAUGCUACCUUCUUUCUAGGCCUAGUUUUAAUGAAUUUCUUAUAGAAGAAAAUCAAUUGACAAGGGUACGUGCUCAAUCAACUAUAAGCUGUGUGUGUAUCUGUGUAACUUAGCUUUCCAAUGUGUGCAGUGUUGUUUGUAUAUACGAGGAUAACAUUUUAAUGAAGAGAGAGAAUAUAUCUCUCUUUCGAUUCUUUUGCU